AUUUCAGAGUGCCGCCGUAGACUAGAACUUCAGAUUUCCGUUUUCUAUUUUAUUUUUCAUGUUCGUUCCUUCAAGCAAUUCAGAGGACGCCGCUCUUUGAUUCUUCCUGACUAAACCGUUUACAGAGCAAUCAGAACAAGCUAAUACAAUCCAGGUCCAGAGCCUCUCGCAAUGGCUGUUUUGCCUGAGAUUUCCAGUGACGCAAAUCCAUCUCCGAUCGGAUUUGAGGGUUUCGAGAAACGUCUCGAGAUUACAUUCUGCGAGCAGCCGAUGUUCAAGGACCCUCAGGGAAAAGGCCUUCGAGCCCUGAAUCGCUCUCAGCUGGAAUCCAUCCUCGAGCCAGCCUGCUGCACCAUUGUGUCACAGCUUUCCAACGACGAACUCGACUCUUACGUGCUCUCUGAAUCGAGCCUCUUCGUAUAUCCCCUGAAGAUUAUACUCAAAACUUGUGGCACCACGAAGCUUCUCUUGUCCAUCGAGCCUAUCCUGAAGCUCGCAGAAUCACUCUCACUAUCUGUUUCCAAUGUCAGGUACUCCCGCGGGAGCUUCAUCUUUCCAAACUGCCAGCCUUCCCCUCACCGCAGCUUCUGUGAGGAAAUCGCCGUUAUGAAUGAACACUUCGGCGAUCUUAACUCCAAGGCCUACGUCAUGGGCCAUCCUAAUGUUCCGAAUCGUAAUUGGCACAUUUACUGGGCUUGCAAAGAUACAGCCAAUAGCACACCGCUGAUCGGAAAUCAGACGACGACGACGACGACGACGGAGAUUACAUUAGAGAUGUGCAUGACCGGUUUGAACCGCGAAAAGGCGUCCGUUUUCUUCAAGAAACAAGGAGAUGGUUCCGUCGGCGAAAUGACCAAAAAGUCCGGAAUUUCGGGCAUUAUUCCAGGUCACGUGAUCUGCGACCACGAGUUUGAUCCGUGCGGGUACUCAAUGAAUGGAAUCGAGGGCGCAGCGUACUCAACGGUGCACGUGACCCCAGAGGAUGGAUACAGUUACGCCAGCUACGAAGCCAUGGGGCUGAACGCCGAGUCAACAGGUUUGGGUUCGCUGGUGAACAAGGUUGUGAAAUGCUUCGAACCAAAGGAGGUGAGCGUGGCGGUCACGUGCAAGGCAGGCGAGGAGGGGUUUGCCACGUGGGAUGCUGACGUGGAGGGAUACUUGUGCGGGAGCGUCGUGAAGCAGGAGGUGCCAGGUGGAGGGUGCGCAUUUUAUCGGGUCUUCACAUCGAAGAGGGUGGGAUGCGCAGUGCGCACCCAGAAGAAAGCAAGAAAGAAGAAGCGGCGCAGGAUAGCUUUAUCGGAGGAGGUGGUGGUGGUGCCUGCUUGUAUCCCUUCUGCUUAGUGGUGAAUGAAUCUCUCGUUUUUCGUUUCAAGUGGGGGUUGUGUCGUUUUCGGUUUCGUGAUUAAGUGAAAUCGUUGUCUUCUGGUGUUCCUAAAUAAUGUAUUUAAUGUCGUCUUGGAUCAAGAGUCUUUCCCUGCUUACAUUUCAAAACAUGGAAUAAAAUAAGGCUUAAUCA